UCGCAUUCAGAAAUGCUGCAAUAUGUGACUGCGCCCUUGAACAGGCCGCGGCUAGACAAGCAGCAAGAGGCUUCACACCGAGUACAACCUCCACCAUGAAUCGCCUACUGAAGCUGCCCCGGCUGGCUACCAGCGCCUUCAGCACAACAACCAAACAGAUGAAGAACAAGGUGCCAGAUCAUCAGAAGCUAUUCCAGGCGGACAACGGCUUGCCAGUCCACAUCAAGGGAGGGACCACUGAUGUCCUUCUCUACCGUCUAACAAUGUCCAUCACCCUCGCAGGCACCGGAUACUGCUUAUUCUGGAUUCUAUGUGCCUGUCAGCCUAAAGGCAAAUGAGGAAGCCCUGCUAAUGCAUGUGUUUAUUGUUUAAAUCAAUUCCACUUUAUGAACUUCUUCUAAUGUCAUGGUACAAUUUCUGUACAGAAUAAAUCUCUCCAUUAUG